AUGGCGGAGUUGGCCCUGAGGACUCCUUCCACCCUCAGAGAGUUCAUGGACAGGGCGGAUGAUUUUGUCAAUUCAGGGGAUACUCUGCAGGCUUUGGUGGACCCUUGUAAAGAGGACAUUCAGGUUGAGCAGGAAAAUAGGCGGGCUGAUAAGAAGGGUAAUCCCAGUAGGCGAGAAAGAGCGAGAGAAGGGCAGUCAGAUCGCAGCCUCAGAUUGGUGCACAUUAAUCUGGGUGUACAGGAAGGAGAGGAAGAAAAGGAAAGCCGCCACUCUGUCAAAACAGGCGGUCGGUACUGCAAGUACCAUCAGACGAGCUCGCACUGGACUAAGGACUGCACGACCAUGAGAAAGAGAGUCGUUGAGUUAGCAGGAACCAGCGAGUUGGAGCGAAUGGUCGCGGAACAAUCAAAGCCUAAAAGGCAUCAGGAGACUAGGCAAAAAGCAAGGCGGAGUUUCAGUCCAGAAAGAAGGCACCAUGUCAAUAACCGCCAGGACAGGAGGGCGAGGUCGCCCCCAAGAGGCGAUCGGAACAGGGCGCCCAUAGGGGAAAUAAAGACCAUAGCGGGAGGUUUUGUUGGAGGUGGUAUUUCCACGUCCAACCGAAAGGCGUAUGCACGAAAUGCAAGAUAUGAAGAGGUGUUCAUGGUGGAUAGGGUACACAAACAACCAAAGCUCAGCAAUGAGCGAAUGGUGAUAUCCUUCGAAGAAGCGAACAGGGAAGGAAUUAUAUAUCCACAUGACGAUGCUCUAGUAAUAAUCCUCGUGAUAGCCAAUUAUACAACUAGGCGGGUACUAGUAGAUAAUGGGAGCUCAGCUGAUAUACUGUUCUGGGAGGCAUUUAUCAAAAUGGGGAUUGAUGUUGGGAGAUUGAGGCUCUCCCUUACUCCAUUAAAGGGUUUCUCAGGGGAUACCAUUCAACCAGUGGGGGCGAUCACGCUCCCAGUAACUGCAGGCACGGGGGCACAGACAGCAACCACGAUGACCGACUUCUUAGUAGUGAAAGCUCUUUCCUCCUACAAUGCCAUAUUGGGCAGACCGACACUCAACCAUUUGAAGGCGGUAACGUCCACCUACCACCUCAAGAUGAAGUUCCCAAUAGAUGGCGGCGUGGGAGAGACGAGAGGUGAGCAAGCCCUGGCUCGAGAAUGUUAUGUGCAGGAAUUAAAGAAAGUCAAGAAGGAAGUCUGCACAGUCGCAAGGCAGGAUGGGGCUUUACCACCCCUACCCCCACUUGUAGCGGUAAUCUACAAGAGAGAUCUAGAGGUCAGAGAUGACCGGGUUCAGCAACAUGCGAAAGUCAACAAACCUCUGGAGCUCGUAACAUUGUACGCUGACCACCCCGGGACCACUACCCGUAUCGGGACACAAGUCCCACCAAAAGUAGAGAAGCCCUGA